UGUUUUUCGUACUAUUUUCAGGGUGGAUUCGCGAAAGUUUUUCUGAUGACUGAUGUCAAUAAUGGAAAUGAAUAUGCAUGCAAGAUCAUCAGGAAAAAUCGAAUGCAAAAGAUCCAUAUGCAAAAGAUCGCACGUGAGAUUAUGAUUCACAAAGAACUGAAUCACGUGAAUGUUGUCCAGCUGCAUCACUACUUCGAGGAUAAUAUUAACGUAUACAUGCUUCUGGAAGCCUGUCCUCGAAAGAGUUUGAUGCACGUGCUGAAGUACCGUGGCAAAGUCACGGAGCCGGAAGCACGAUAUUACAUGAAACAAAUGGUAACUGGUGUUGCAUAUAUUCACUCUCAGAAAGUUGUCCAUCGGGAUUUGAAGCCAGGUAACAUGUUCCUAUCGGACCGCAUGAUCGUCAAGAUCGGAGACUUUGGACUGGCAACAAGGCUUGACGGACAGUGUAGACGAGUGACGAUAUGCGGAACACCGAAUUACAUCGCGCCGGAAGUGUUGUAUAAGCAAGCAUACAGUUACGAGGCGGAUGUUUGGGCGCUUGGGUGCAUACUAUACGCCCUGCUGGUAGGGCAACCACCUUUCGACACAGCAUCGCUAAAAGAAACAUACGCGAGGAUAUGUAACAAUCAUUAUCGGGAGGUUGACGAUUCGAUAGCGAGCCGAAACGGGCAAGAUCUUAUCAAAUGGCUCCUCCAACCGAAUCCUGAGUUCAGACCUUCUUUGGAGAGAGUAAAGGAACACGCUUAUCUUACCAAGGAAUAUGUACCAGCUUCGUUGCCUCGUAUUUCUUGCUUCCAAAUGCCACGUCCCUCUAUAAUCGAUCCGAUGUCAUCGCCUUCGUCGAAUUCUAUUGCAUCUAGAAAUCAAAAACUUAAUAAUACUCAGGUUCAUACUAUCCAACAAUCUCAACAACAGCAGGAGCAGCAACAACAAUAUCAUCAAACAAAUCUUUCUCAGAAAAGUUUACGAAAGGGGUCGAAAGUGAUCAGUUGGUUAGCUCGAAAGCUUCGGAAAGUUCCGAAAUUCAGACAAAGAUUAAGCAGCGUUCUUUAUCCAGAUCAGAAAAAAAUUAUUGGAUCCAUAGCUCAGAGUAUACAAAUACAUCAAGCGCUAGAAAAUUGCAUCAAAGAAAUAAAGUGUAAAAAUAAGAUACGUAAUCAUCCACCUGUAAGGGAUAUCGUACCUCUGUUUAUUACUAAAUGGAUUGAUUAUUCGAAUAAAUACGGCCUAGGUUUUCAGCUAUCUGACAAAUCUGUAGGCAUCCUCUUCAAUGAUCAUACGAAAAUCAGUUACACACAUGACAGAAGAAGAGUGGAGUACGUAACAACCGAUGAUGAAGUAACAAGAUAUCAAAAAGAAGAAGAUAUUCCAGCUGCUCUGCAGAAAAAACUUGUAUUAUUGCAACGUUUCACACAGUAUAUGGAUAAAUUUAUGACUGAAGGUGGUGAAAUUAAGAAAUACCGAGUUACACCAAAGCAGUCGAAGAAUAUUUGUGUGCCACGAAUGAGAAGAUGGUUAAGAACUGAUAAAACUAUUAUGAUGGAAUUAUCAGUACCACUUUUACAAGUGAAUUUUUUCGAGGAUCAUACGAAAUUGGUAGUCUCACAAGAAUCUCCUAACAAGGGAUAUUUAAUUACAUAUAUAGAUACUAGUAGACGUACAUCUUCGUAUUGGUUAAAUGAUAUACGAGAUUUUGGUUGUACAUCAGAUCUCUACGAGCGUUUAUAUUAUGUUUACAAAGUAUCCAGAGAAUUUGCAGAAAUGCAUAAUAACACAAUCGCUUGACCAGCAAAGAUAAAAUGUAAGAUGCAUUAUUCGUUGAACGAUUGAAAUUUAUUUUAUAGAAUCUAUGUUUGUUCAGUUAGCUGCACUCGUUUUAUUUGCAAUUCAUUUUUUUUUGUCUUUUAAAAAUUAUUUAAAAUAAAUCAUUACAUACAUUUUUAUUUUUCUUUCUUAUAUAAAUUUAAUUCUAUUAUUUUGCGAGAUUU